GGCGUUGGACGAGGGGCGUGGCCACGGCGGCGCACCCGCCUUCCCUCCUCCUCCUGCUGCUGCUGAUUGAAGGAGCGGAGCGGCUCGUUGUGCGGUCGGAGGGACACUUCUUCUUCUUCUUCUUCUUCUUCCUCCUCCUCCUCCCCUUCCCUCUCCGCUGCCUUCAUCCUUCUCCUCCUCGCUUUCUUCCACCGGAGCCGUCGCCAGGUUUCUUUUCUAAUUAAAAUGUCUAAUGGUUAUGAAGAUCACAUGGCUGAAGACUGCAGGGACGACAUUGGUCGGACAAACUUAAUUGUGAACUACCUUCCUCAGAACAUGACUCAGGAUGAGUUACGAAGCCUGUUCUGCAGCAUCGGGGAAGUUGAAUCUGCCAAGCUUAUUCGAGACAAAGUUGCAGGACACAGCUUGGGUUAUGGGUUUGUGAACUAUGUGACAGCGAAAGAUGCCGAAAGAGCAAUAAACACGCUGAAUGGCCUGAGACUUCAGUCCAAAACAAUCAAGGUGUCAUAUGCCCGCCCAAGCUCUGAGGUGAUCAAAGACGCAAACUUGUACAUUAGUGGGCUGCCACGGACGAUGACGCAGAAAGAUGUUGAGGACAUGUUUUCACGGUUUGGACGCAUUAUCAACUCGCGCGUACUGGUUGACCAGACUACAGGUUUGUCCAGAGGGGUUGCGUUUAUCCGGUUUGACAAGCGGUCAGAAGCUGAAGAGGCCAUUUCAAACUUCAACGGCCACAAGCCCCCCGGCUCCUCUGAACCCAUCACUGUGAAGUUUGCCGCCAACCCCAAUCAGAACAAAAACGUGGCUCUGCUGUCGCAGCUGUACCACUCACCAGCAAGGCGGUUUGGGGGGCCCGUCCACCACCAGGCUCAGAGAUUCAGGUUCUCUCCUAUGGGUGUAGAUCACAUGAGUGGGCUUUCUGGUGUAAAUGUCCCAGGAAACUCCUCUUCAGGAUGGUGUAUCUUCAUCUACAACCUCGGCCAAGAUGCCGAUGAGGGAAUCCUCUGGCAGAUGUUUGGCCCCUUUGGCGCGGUGACUAAUGUGAAAGUCAUCCGCGACUUCAACACCAACAAGUGUAAAGGUUUUGGCUUUGUGACAAUGACAAACUAUGAAGAAGCUGCCAUGGCCAUAGCGAGUCUUAACGGUUACCGGCUGGGGGACAAAAUCUUACAGGUUUCCUUCAAAACCAACAAGUCCCACAAAUAACUUCGCUCGUGGCUUUUUUUUUUUGUAUGGAAUAGAUAAUUGAGUGAUGGAAAAGUUUGAAAUCUUUUUUGUUUUUGUUAGUGUACAACUCUUUUUUGUUUUUUGCGCCAAUUUUCACAAAAGUUGUUUGUCUUUAGUCUAAAUAAGAAGUGGAAAAGGGUUUUAUAUUCUGGGAUGCCACCAACAUGUUCAAAUGUUUGGUUUUUUUUUUAAGGCCUGCAAUGUUCUAUCACUUUUUAAUUUCCUUUUUAAAUGGUUCUGUUCACGAUCUGUCCUCGGACCCAAACAUCUAAAUUGAUAGUACCAAGUAGACUCCGGGCUAGCAGUGAAAAUUGUGGGGCACCCUAUCCCUUAAAAGAUUGGCUGUUGAUUUCACUGACUGGAGUCUGCCAAGAUGGGGGCUUUUCAACCAAGCUUUAGUAUAAUGUUGCCCCUGGCAGCCUCGGGCAAAGCAUCGAAGCAGAAGUAGUAGGAAAUUUUGUUUUACCAAGUAACUCACUAGUUAACAGUCUGUAGAAGAAAAGCCCAAGUGAAGAGAAUCUGGUGAAUGAAGACAUGCCAGCAUUUUGUAAUGCCAUUAACCAAGCUAGUUGGCCUAUAGGCGAAAUAUCAAACUGGAAAAGCUUUUUAGCCCACCCCCCACCCUUUAAAAGCCCAGUUACUGAUAAGAAUGGACCAAAGAGUUUCAGAGAAACUCUGGGAAAGUUUCACAGUACAGAUGAAACUCCCAACCCAGCGUUGCCACUUCUUCGGAGUUCUUCUCUCCAGAUAACAUAUCCCAGCAUGUUACUUUCUGGUCAAAUAAACGUCGCAAGAGUUAACAUUUACUUUCUUUCAAAGAUAAUUUUUUUGUUUGAAUUCUUGCGUUCUUAGGGGGUUUUUUAACAUAAAGCUGUUACGAACAUUUGAGCAUUGUAAUUUUUCGCAUCUCUUCUAAUAAGUACUAGAUGAUUUUGCCCCCUAUUUUAAUAGGGGCUUGUUCUGGCAAAUAGCUUUACACAUUUGAACACUCAGCCGAAAAGUACAUUAAAACUUGCAAGUUAGAGACUUAAGAGAGAAAAGAAAUGAUUUUUUUUGGUAGACUGAAGAUUUUAAAUAAUCCCCUAAGUUUUCCGCAGGCUGCCUUGAAACUUUGAGUUCUCUUUUCUGUUAAUUUUCUUUUGCUUUUUUGUGUUUUUACUUUUGCAUUUAAGACCAAUUAAAUUUGAUUUGGUUUUGCUCAA